AUGGAGGCACAGCCCGAGCAGAGGGACCACGGCAAGGGCCUGGAGGAAGUCAGCCCCAGCAAGGCGGCCCACGCCUGGUGGACCCCAGGCCUGGCUCCCCUAGCCACCUUCAAUGUGGACAUGGUCCGGACCUGGGUGACUCCCAAGGGAGACGUCCCCUACGUGAUCAGCUCACUUCUGCAUCAGGACUCCAGCACCAACCAGACCUGGCUCCUGGUAACCAGCCCCAGGACCAGCAGGACGGCAGGGCCCCUGUAUCAGUGUUCCCUCAUUCAGGAUGAGCUCCAUUGCCAGCCAGUAGAGAAUGUCCCCAGCCCGAAGGGGAGGUACCGUGGAGUGACAGUUGUCCGGAACCACCACGGUGUUUUGAUCUGCAUUCAAGUGACGACCCGGUGGCCCCAGAGCCUCAGCUCAGAGCUCACAGGCAACUGCAUCCUGCUGGCCCCUGACCUCCGUCCCCGUGCCCAGGUCUACUUCUCCGACCUUGAAAAAUUACUGGACCCUGAUGCCCCUGUGGAUGCUGGACACUGCUCCAGGAACAAAAAAAGCAGCAUGGAGAGCACAGCCAGGCUGCGCCGGGAUUUGAAGGUGGAGGAGACAGAGGACGAGGACGAGGAGGCAGCUGGCACUGAGAUCGCCAUCAUCCUGGAUGGCUCAGGAAGCAUUGAUCCCCCAGACUUCCAGAGAGCCAAAGACUUCAUCUCCAACAUGAUGAAGAACAUUUAUGAGAAGUGCUUUGAGUGCAGCUUUGCCCUGGUGCAAUAUGGGGAAGUCAUCCAGACAGAGCUUGACCUUCAGGACAGCCAAGACGUUACAGCCUCCCUCGCCAGAGUCCAGAACAUCACUCAAGUGGGGAAUGUCACCAAGACUGCCUCUGCCAUGCAGCAUGUCCUAGACCACAUCUUCACACCAAGCCAUGGCUCCAGAGAAAAGGCAUCCAAGGUCAUGGUGGUGCUCACUGAUGGGGACAUAUUCGGGGACCCCCUCAACCUCACAACUGUCAUCGACUCCACAAAGAUGCAAGGUGUUGAGCGCUUUGCCAUUGGGGUGGGAGAUGCAUUUAAUAAAACUAGGGCGUACAACGAGCUGAAGCUGAUCGCCUCGGACCCCGAUGAGGACCAUGCCUUCAAGGUGACCAACUACUCAGCACUGGAUGGGCUGCUGAGCAAACUUCAGCAGAGCAUCAUUAGCGUGGAAGGCACGGUCGGAGAUGCCCUCCACUACCAGCUGGCACAGGUUGGGUUCAGCGCCCAGAUCCUGGACGAGGGGCAGGUGCUGCUCGGUGCUGUAGGGGCCUUCGACUGGUCGGGGGGCACGCUGUUCUACAACAUGAGCAGCCGCAAGGGCCGCUUCCUGAACCAGACGGCAGUGGAUGCCAAGGCUGUGCAGUACAGCUACCUGGGUUACUCGGUGGCUGUACUGCACAAGGCCUGUGGCCUCUCCUAUGUGGCAGGGGCUCCACGGCACAAGCAGCGAGGGGCUGUGUUUGAGCUCCGGAAGGAGGGCAAAGAGACCAACUUUGUACCAGUGCUGGAGGGCGAGCAGAUGGGGUCCUAUUUUGGCUCUGAGCUGUGCCCUGUGGACGUCGACAUGGAUGGGACCACAGACUUGUUGCUGGUGGCCGCCCCGUUUUACCACGUUCAAGGCGAGGAGGGCAGAGUCUAUGUGUAUCGUGUGAACAAGCAGGAUGGUUCCUUCUCCUUGGUACGCACGCUGAGUGGGCGCCCCGGGUUACCUUAUGCGCGAUUUGGCUUUUCCAUGGCGACAGUGGGGGACAUCAGUCAGGAUGAGCUCAUAGAUGUGGCCAUCGGGGCCCCCCUGGAAGACUUUGGGGCAGAUGAUGGUGUAGGCUUCGGCAGCGUGUACAUCUACAAUGGACACUCUACCAACCAGCUGGUUGACCUCUCUACCAACCAGCCCCAGAGGAUCAGAGCCUCAGUGGUGGCCCCAGGACUCCAGUACUUCGGCACAUCGGUGGCAGGUGGCUUAGAUUUCAGUGGCGACGGCCUUGCCGACAUCACUGUGGGCGCUCUGGGCCAGGCGGCUGUGCUCCGCUCAAGACCUGUGGUUCGUCUGAAGCUGUCCAUGACCUUCACCCCCAAGGCACUGCCCAUUGGCUUCUACAGCAACGUGAAUGUGAAUUUGUGUUUUGAAAUCAGCUCUGUGUCCCCAGCUGCUGAGUCAGGCCUCAAAGAGACCUCUCUGAACUUCACUUUGGACGUGGAUGUGGUGAAGCAGAGGAAAAGGCUGCAGUGUUCAGAUGAGAGGCUGUGUCAGAGCUCCCUUAGGGAGUGGGGCACGGGCCCCCGCCUCUGUGAGCCCUUCCUGCUGGUUCCCACAGAGGGACAGCUCUGUCAAGAGGACUGCUUCUCCAACAUCAGUGUCAAGGUCAGCUACCAACUGCAGACCCCUGAGGGCCGGAGGGACCAUCCCCAGCCUAUCCUGGACUUCUAUGCUGAGGCCUCUGCCAUCUUCCAGCUGCCCUACGAGAAGGCCUGCAAGAAUAAGCUGUUUUGUGUUGCUGAGCUACAGUUGGCCACCACCCUCUCACAGCAGGAAUUGGUGGUGGGUCUCACAAAGGAGCUGAGCAUGAACAUUAGCCUAACUAACUCUGGGGAAGAUUCCUACAUGACAAGCAUGGCUUUGAAUUACCCCAGAAACUUGCAGUUUAAGAGGAUACAAAAGCCUCCUUCUCCAAACAUUCAGUGCGAUGACCCUAAGCCAACUGCUUCUGUCCUGGUCAUGAACUGCAAGAUCGGUCACCCCAUACUCAAGAGGUCAUCUGCAAACUUUUCAUUAGUUUGGCAGCUGGAGGAGAGUGCCUUUCCAAACAGGACAGCCGACAUCGCUGUGACAGUCACCAAUUCCAAUGAAAGAAGGUCUUUGGUCAGUAAGACCCACAGCCUUCAUUUCAAACAUGCCUUCAUUGCAGUUCUUCCCAAACCAUCAGUGACGUACAUGAACACAAGCCAGGGGCUUUCCCACCACAAAGAGUUCCUCUUCAAUAUACAUGGGGAGAACCUCUUUGGAGCCGAGUUCCAGCUGCAGAUUUGCGUUCCAGUUAAAUUACAAGGUUUCCAGGUCGUAAGAGUGAAGAACCUGACCAAGACUCAGGCUCACACUGUGUGCACCCAGAGUCCGGAGCGCGUUUGUGGGAGCGAUCUGGUUCAGCAUGUGGAAGAAUGGCAUUCAGUGAGCUGUAACGUCACCUCGGAUAAAGAAAAUGUAACCGUGGCUGCAGAGGUCUCCUUGAGUCAGUCAGAACAGUUACGAAGAGAUGUGACUGAGCUGCACAUCCUUGGUGAAAUAUCUUUCAACAAAUCUCUGUAUGAGGGGCUCAAUGCAGAGAACCAUAGAACUAAGAUCACUGUCAUUUUCCUGAAAGAUGAGGAGGCGUAUUCUCUGUCUCUCAUUAUUAAAAGCAGCGUUGGUGGCCUUCUGGUUUUGAUCGUGAUUAUAGUCAUCCUAGUCAAGUGUGGCUUUUUUCAAAGAAAAUACCAACAACUGAACUUGGAGAGAAUAAGGAAGGCCCAGCUGAAAUCAGAGAAUCUACUGGAAGAAGAAAAUUAGACCAGCUUCCUCAUCCAUUGGGAGAGAGUACCGACCAGUCCUGGAGACUUCUAGAGACUUGGUGUCAUGUGGAUUACUUUUCCUUUAGGAUGAUCGAGAGCAGAGUCUAGCACAUUGUUUUGUGGAAUGUUGUUUUUAACCAUACGUUGUCCCCAGAGUGUCUGUGCAUUGUGCAGAAAUGAAACUUGGGAGACAUUUGGUAUUAAAUAAAACUGUUUUCUUUACAGAAGUGCCUUUAAUAUGCAAAUAUAAUAUCCUUUGUGAUUC